UAUAAAAGGGAGUGGUAGAGUAUGCCCCUUGACAUCCCAUGAGUCAGUAAGCCAAGCGAGAGAAAUAUGUGUGGUCGAAGAAAUUGAGUACCUGUAGAGCGUGCGUGAAAACAUAUUCAAACAUUUUGUCAACAAGAUUUACUCUCACUGAAGAAUGAUCUCUGUAGGCUUGUGGCAUCUCCUCCAAAUAUUUACAUGUUUUCUGCUUUUGACUCAAUCAUUUUCUAAAGAUGAUCGAAAGACUUACAUCGUCUACAUGGGCGAUUAUCCGAAGGGUGUGGGAUUCGCAGAAUCACUUCACACUAGUAUGGUUGAGAGUGUCCUCGGCAGAAAUUUUCCACCAGAUGCUUUGCUGCAUAGCUACAAGAGUUUGAAUGGAUUUGUGGCGAGGCUAACAAAAGAAGAAGCAAACAGAAUGAGAGGAAUGGAUAGUGUGGUCUCUGUUAUACCAGACAGAAUCCAUAAGCCACAAACAACAAGGUCUUGGGACUUUCUUGGCUUCCCCGAAAAUGUUCAAAGAAACAUUAUAGCAGAGAGCAACACAAUCGUUGGAGUGAUCGAUAGCGGAAUUUGGCCUGAAUCUGAUAGCUUUAAUGAUGCUGGAUUUGGUCCACCACCAAAGAAAUGGAAGGGCAUUUGCCAGAACUUCACUUGCAAUAACAAAAUAAUUGGAGCACAAUAUUUUCGCACUAAGGGUUUUUUUGAGAAAGAUGACAUCAAGUCUCCAAUUGAUACAACUGGUCAUGGGAGUCAUUGUGCUUCCACUGCUGCGGGAAACCCAGUUAGGUCCGCGAGUCUAUUAGGGUUUGGCUCAGGGACAGCCAGAGGAGGAGUUCCAUCAGCACGUAUUGCUGUGUAUAAAGUGUGUUGGGCAACGGGUUGUGACACUACAGACAUCCUUAAAGCCUAUGAUGCAGCCAUUGCAGAUGGUGUUGACAUCCUUUCCGUCUCAGUGGGAGCUACACAGCUUACACACAACAAGUAUUUUAAAGACGUACACGCAAUAGGAGCUUUCCAUGCAAUGAAGAAAGGCAUAUUAACAUCAACAUCUGCGGACAAUUUGGGUCAAUUAGGUCCUUACUCAACCUCAAAGUUUGCACCUUGGUUGCUUAGUGUAGCUGCCUCCACCAUAGAUAAAAAGUUUUUCACUAAGAUCCAGUUGGGAAAUGGCAAGAUCUAUGAGGGAGUUUCAGUAAAUGCAUUUGAUCUCCACAAUAUACAGCAUCCAUUAAUUUAUGCUGGAGAUGCAUCCAUCAUCAAGGGUAACAGUUCCAAUGCUAGGUAUUGCCAAGAAAACGCUUUGGAUAAAGCUUUGGUGAAGGGAAAAAUCCUUUUGUGUGAUAACAUUCCUUAUCCAUCAUUUGUGGGAUUUGCUCAAGGGGCUGUUGGUGUUAUAAUUAGAAGUAAUGUUUCUUUAGCUGUGUCAGAUGUAUUUCCCCUGCCAGCGGCUCACAUUACUCACAAUGACGGGGCACAAAUAUAUUCUUAUUUAAAGUCAACAAGUAAUCCAACAGCGACUAUAUUUAAGAGUUAUGAAGGCAAAGAUCCAUUAGCCCCAUAUAUUGAUUCAUUCUCAGGUAGAGGUCCAAACAAAAUCACUCCAAAUAUUCUAAAGCCUGAUUUAGCUGCUCCAGGGGUUAACAUUCUAGCUGCAUGGUCUCCAAUUGCUCCUAUCUCCGGAGUUAAAGGAGAUAAGAGAAUUUCAAAAUACAAUAUACUAUAUGGAACUUCAAUGGCAUGUCCUCAUGUUACUGCAGCAGCUGUUUACAUCAAAUCAUUUCAUCCCAACUGGUCUCCUGCAGUGAUUAAAUCCGCAUUAAUGACAACUGCUACUCCAAUGCGUGAUAUACUUAAUCAUGGAAAUGCUGAAUUUGGUUAUGGUGCUGGGCAAAUCAAUCCUAUGAAGGCAGUAAAACCUGGAUUAGUUUACGAUGCUACUGAAAUUGAUUAUGUCAAGUUUCUGUGUGGAGAUGGUUAUAGUGGAUUUAUGGACAAAAUUACAGGAGAUAAUAAAACCACUUGUACACCAGCAAAUACAGGAAGUGUUUUGGACCUUAAUCUCCCAUCUUUUGCUCUAUCCACAACUCGCUCAAAGUAUAUUAGUGCCACUUUUAGUAGAACUGUUACUAAUGUUGGAUCAGCUAAAUCCAUAUAUAAAGCCACAGUAACUACACCUCCAUCAUCUUCUUCCUUAAACAUCAAAGUAGUGCCAGAUGUUUUGGUCUUCUCGUCUUUGGAGGAGAAGAUGUCGUUCACCCUUAAGAUUGAAGGAAGCAUUAACAAUGCAAAUAUAGUUUCUUCGUCUUUGGUUUGGGAUGAUGGCACUUUUCAAGUAAGGAGCCCCGUCGUUGUUUAUGUUCCUCCGUAAGUUCUCUGCUGCGAACACUUGUCAAUGAAGAAGCAAGCAACAUGCAUGAAUGGAAAUGAUUAAUGUGUUAUUUAUAAUCGGUUUGCUUUUUCUUCUUCCCUUUGAAGUGUUAGUGAAUAAAUAUUCUAGGUGUGUUCUAAGCCAGAAUUGAUGGCAAGUGCUUUUGUAAGCCAGGAAUAAAAUCAAGAUAACGAUUUACUAUUAUCUAAAGUAUUUUCUAUUCA